AUGAGAAAACUAGACAACUACUCUAUCUUGAUUGUAAGCCAAUACUUUAAGACAACAGAAGACUUCAUCAACAUUAUUUGUGUGUGCAAAAAGUUUGAAGAAACCACACUGAAGUAUAGAUACAACCCAAUUGAAUUAAAAGUGAAUCAAAGACUUUUCCCCAAGCUUGAGACGUGGUGCAUUUACAACAUACAACGCAAGUUAGAAGUCCCAAAUACCAUUGGAUUGGCUAGAAUCUGUUUUCCUGCAACGCCAAGUCAUAAAAAAGAAGUAUUGUCUGUCAUAAAAAAUGCAAAGUUUGUAUAUAAUACGAACGCGCCUUCAACGGGAAGUAUGCCAAACAUGAAAAAUCUCAAUAUGUUGUCAUUUCAUAGUCUUUCGAAGCUUGUGCUUCAAGACGUUGUUAUUCCACCACAAAUUAUUAAAUUUGAAAGUUGUUGCUUUGAGUCGAAUAGAAGUAUUCAACAUGUGACACUCCUUGCGUCGGUUACAGUGUUACCACAAUCAACGUUUAAUGACUGUAUGUCUCUACAACAAGUAGUACUCCCAAACUAUAUUCUCUCCAUCGGGGAUAAGUGCUUUUCGAACUGCCCAACACUUGUCGACAUCAACAUCCCAACUAAUUUAAGAUCUAUCGGAAAAAGCGCAUUCCGAAAGUGCAAAAACCUCCAAAAUUUGCUGUUACCAAGUUCGCUCACAAUCAUCAACGAUUUUGCUUUCUCAUUGUGCACUUCUUUGAAAGACAUACAGUUACAGGGGGAUAUGGCUGUGAUCAAAAAUUCAUCAUUUUUCAUGUGCAAAUCGAUCACUUCAAUGCAAAUUCCAUCUUCUAUUACUUUAAUAGAAAACGAGGCAUUCAGAGGAUGUUCUAGUCUCACUUCAAUUAACUUAGAAAGAGUUGUUUCUAUUGGGAGAAAGGCAUUUUCUGAGUGUAACAGCUUGAGUGAAAUAUAUUUUCCUCGCGCUCUUUUAUCAAUCGGGGAAUCAGGGUUCUCACAUUGUUACAACUUGUCAAAACUUCUUUGUGAAUCAACUCAUAUUGAUAUGGGAAGGUUUUGUUUCUAUGAAACAAAGAUAAAAGUCGACUCGUCUUUUUUGGCUGUGUUUCAUUCUUGUUAG